CAUACUUAUUCAUUUAACGGGACCGUCUAAAAUUUUAAGGUUAAAAUAGUCACGAAUCUUGUAUCAUAAAAGUAUACAUCUGAUUAGAAAAAUUAUUUCAUAAGCAUUUAGCAUUCAAAUAGAAUUAAUUAUUUUGUAUAAAAUAUUCUAUACAUGGGAAAAAAAGGAAAUGCAGUAGUAUUUUGAUAACUAUUAACGUAAAUGUUAAAGUUGAAGGGAAGUAUGUCGUAUAUCAAACAGUUUGGUAAAACUGCAAAUACGGCUCCUUCUUGAACAUUUAAUAAUCUACAGCUAACUUCAAGAAGGAGUCGUAGUCCAUUAUUUAGCUAAUGCAUGUUUCAUAGGUGAGGAAAUGUAUAUUAAAGAGCUGUAAACUAUUUUUAAUUCAUGUUAAUAAAAUAAAGCAUGGACGAUUAGACUUCAAGGGUUAUCAUAUCCUAUAAUUGUGAACUUGAAAUGUGAUGAAUUUUAUAACAAUAAAAUUUUGGAGACAAUAACAAUUCCAGUACAAACAAAAUGUGGUCACUUGUUUUGUAACAAUUGCAUUAUGACUGUGGCAAUAAAAAAAGGUGCAAUGUGUCCACUUUGUAAAGAGCCUAUUUCACGGCGAAGCAUUUUCAUAGAUACACAAGCAAAAGAACUCAGUGUAAGAUUCGAAGCUCUCUUUGAUGCGAUACAAGCUGAUACAGGAACUGAUAUCCGCAAUCACGUGAGUAAACCAGGAAAUGAACGGGAAGGAAUUCGAACGCCAUAUAAAUCAAACACUCUGAUCGAACGAAAAAACAUCAGGAUGAACGCAACCAAAUCACAUCUACUAAGAAAUGCGAAGAAAAAUAAAGCAGCAGCUGGACCCAUCAAUUUAAAUGAAUCAGCAAAACCUAUAAAAGAUUCUGAAAAUAUUAAAAAUAAUACUCGUCUUGAAUCAAGCAACAGUCAUGAUGUGGACCAUGUAAAUGAAAACAAAGACUCUAAUAUUGCCAGUAUUAAAUAUAUGAAAAUAUUAAAAGGCAUUCAUCAUAGUCAUGAAACUGUACCGAGAAAAAAAGUCACAGCGUGGCUUGAGUCCAUGGAGUGGGAUGAAGAAUUGGAAACGAUUGAAACUAAACAUAACAGACGGAGAAAUAUAGAUAUGACAUCGAAACAGUGCCUCCCUUGUGCAACAUAUACUCUUGACCAAUUAAACAUAGAAGGAAAUCCCUGUAAAUCGAACAUCGAUAAAAUUAUUUCUGAUGAAAAUAAAAUACUGAGUUUUUCUUCUGCUGAGGCAGAUGAACACAGUAGAAAAACAAAUAACCUUUUAACAGUAACUAUGGACGUAAUCAACGGAGCAGUUAAGUCUUUAAGUAAAGAAAGUAAUGCAAUGUCCAGUAAAAUUUCCGAAAUAAAGGCAGAUAAAUUUGCCAAUCAAAAUCUGAAAUAUAAAGGUGUACACUUGAGAGUGCAAGAAAUUAACAAGAAGUUGUUUAAUACUUUAGCAAAUGAUACUUCGUCCCGGGUGAUGCAGUUUGGUAAUCACAAUAAUACUGUGAAUACAACAUUAUCUCCUUAUAGUUAUACUAACAACCAAAGAAUGAACAAGAAUACUUUAUCAAAGUCAAGGGAUACUGUAAGUGAAGAUAUUGAAGAAAGUAAAGUCAUAGAUGACGUAAGCAGUUUAAAAAGUUCAGACCGACACAACCUAAGUGGGGGUACGGAUGGUUGGACUGUGAUUAUGAGUAAUAUUUCUUAUGCUCCAAUUGUUUCAUCAGGUGGCGCAGGCAACACCACCAUUCAUUCAUUAUCUAAAACGAAUGUUAAUAAUAAUGAUGGCUCUCAUUUUUUUGAAAAAAUAACUUCUGAACCUAAAAUUAUAUCACUGCCAAAUUCUUGUAUUGAAGUCUCCCCCACGCAAAAUGUCCAACGUAUUGAUCCUGAUGAUAAAAUGCAUAGUAAUAGUUUAAUACAGCGAGGUUUACAGUUGAUUUCAAAAGACAUUGACUGUGUGUCCACAAAAAAUAUAACUGCUAGGGAGGCCUGUGUGAAUGAAUCUGAUGUGUCCAAUCAGGCAAUGCCAUUACUGUCACCAAUACCAAAUUUCAAAGAUCAACUCGUUCGACAUUUUGGAUCACCGAGUCGUAUAGAGCGUGGACAAAAACGGAAAUAUGAUUGUACUUUACAGGACGUUAUGCUAGGUCCAUCGAAAUUAACGCCUGUAAACGGAAGAAGUUUAUCGCAACAAAUGGAUUUAAAUGAUGCAAAGAACGAACCUUUCAAUGACAUUACAAUUCAGAGUGGAACAGUUACUCACAGCCGUCAAAUACAAACAUCUCGAAGAAUAUCAGAGUUAAAUAUAAUUGAAAAACAAAGAUUAACUAUUGAAGAACUAAAAUUAAUUAUAGCAAAGCAAAAACUAACAAUCAAAAAUCAGGAAAUAAUUAUCAAUCAACAAAAAUUAACUAUUAAAGAAGAAGAACGAACUACCAUUAGACGAUGUUUUUCUGAAAGUCAAAUUCCUUUAAAAUCAUCCUCAGUGUUGCUUCAGGUUGGAAUUAAUACGAAUGAAACAUUUGGGCAAAAUGAGACACAGAAACAAAAUUCCUCUGUUUCAACGUCGACGAAUAUGAAAUCAAUUCCUGUCAGUGUUCAAAGUCAAUCCAUUUUGAUUCAUUCAGAUAAUGAAGAUCAAUGUGACAAUACAUGUAUUGAACAAGAAAAAAAUGUUCUGGAAACGAAAAAUAUUUCGAAAAGUGGAAGCACCAAUUUUAUUAACAGUCAAGUAGGCGUCGUCGUUGAUACGUGUGACGACAGAGAGACAUCAUUGUUAACAACAAAGAAAAACAUUUCACCUUCGACUUACAUUCGUUGUGACGAAAAGUUUACACCAGAAACAGACGGAUCACACGAAGAAGUCAGGACAAAAAAACGAAAAUUAAGUGAAACAAAAGGUUGCGUUAACGCUAAAGAUUUCAAAGAAUUCGUGACGAAAGUUCAGCGAAUUCAAAACUGUUUUAGCAUUCUGGAAAAAGAUUUAAACCGAUGUGAGGUCACACCCAGAAAGAACGUUAUAGCACCCGAUAUGGCCAAAUCGGGUGUUAAAAAUAUUGAAGGCAUCGUAGAUAAUGGAAUGUUGUCGUCGAACAGAGAUACACCAAAUUUUAAGGAUCAUAUUAUGAAUUAUCAGUCCCAUGGCAAACUCGAUACUCAAGAUAGAAUGGCUAUGGAAGAUAAUUUCAACGAAGCAAUGGCGAAUGUGGGUAUUCAAUUUUUGGCAGGCGUGAUCGAAGGUGAAAAUGAGCAAUCAACGACUUUUAAGACCAAUCCGGAGCGUGAAACUAAUUUGCUAAAAUUAUCCCAAUCCACCAACGCAUCAUUAGAUUCUGAGGAUGCAAUUGAACGAGACUCGCCAACGAGCAGGAAACCUUAUCAAACGAAUUUACACGUUGAUUCAUCAAGUACCUCGAAGAAUUUAAAGGAAUUUUACAAUCUAUCACAGUUUUCUAAUAAUUCGAAUAAAGAACAUUGCAAUAUCAAUGCAACGCAAGACAGAGUUUUGUCGACCAUAGAUCACAACUCAACUUUUCACGGCGAAAGUAAACAACAGAGUUUAGUAUCUCCCAAAUUUAAAUCAAGUCAAUCGAAAACACAACAUGUUUGCAAUACAGCAAUAAAAACAGCUGUCCAUAAUAAUGUUGCUUGUAUUGAGGCAAAUAGCAGCACAGCUUAUCAAAUUGAGGAGCAAAAUAUUAGCAAUAGGAAUGUGGCUGAUAAGAAGACAGCAGAUUGCCAAUCGGUGACGUCGUUCAAGAUGCAUAAUCAAGACAAAGGAGUUUAUGAAGAGUUGUUGCAUGAACCUAGUAUUUGCGAACGUCGCUCAUUGAUGAAUACUGUAGAAGAAAGUAUGCUGUUCAAAAAUACCCAAGAUAAACUUUGUGGCAAAAGCAAAUUAAAAGUUGUACAGACACCUGCUAUCAAAGAAAUGAAAUCGCAAGACGCUAGUAGUAUGAGGACAAAGAAAUCAGUUUUUAUACAUACUACUAAUAAGAAAAAUUAUUCUUCUGCAGAUUCUUGCAAUAAGGAUUAUGACAUACCAUACAGUGAAGAUGACGUUGUUGAAAGAACGCCUGAAAAUAAACUAAAAGUAAGUCCACACGCUCCAAACAAAAGCUCUCCAGAAAGCUGGAUGUCACUGAAUUUGACACCAAUUCCAAAAAUAAUGAAAAACCCAUCGAUAGCAACUCCAAGUAUGAAUUGCAAGAGAGAACGACCAGUAGCAUCAUAUAGUAAUACAGUCUUGGCUUCUAGUUCAAAGGUUUUGGAGACACCGAAUCGUGACAGCAGAUUAUUUAUGCUAUAUGAAAGUACACCAAAAAUCUCGUACACAGCUAGAAAUAGUUGGGUAGCACCCGAAGCCCGUCUUAGAGAACGGAAGUCUCAAUUGAACCUAAGUACAACAGGGACAUUAACGUGUGCAAAAUCACAAAUAUGCAAGUCAACGUCUACAUUAUGUUUCUUAUGCACCGCCUUGACCACCGAGCAGAUUAAAAAUGUGCAACGUUUUGCUAAAUUAGUGGGUGCUGAAUUUACUACCGUUUUUCACCCAGAAGUGACGCAUGUUAUUGUUGCAACAGACUCGGAAAAUAAUUCGAUUCCCAGAACGUUGAAAUAUCUACAAGCUAUUGCGCAUAAGAAAUGGGUCGUAUCAUAUUCAUGGGUUUUGGACUCCCUGAAACAAGGAAUUCUACUCGAAGAGGAAAAGUAUGAACCUGUGGACGUGUUUUCCAGCGAGCCGGCCUCGAGAAAAUCGAGACUGUACCAGGAUGCUCUUUUUGAAGGGUUUGCAUUUUUGUGUGUUGGACCAUUUGAGGGCGCUACUGUUGAAAAUUAUGAGGAUCUUGUACGUUGUACUGGAGGACAUGUCGUUCAAACACUAGAUGCGUUAGCAGCAUCGAAUCACCAGUGGAAAUUCAUUAUAAUUCCUGAUGUUAUUCAUGACAACGAACUGAUUGGUUGGUAUCGCAGAACAAAAGCAGUGCCAGUACUUAAUGAAUGGCUUUUAGAAUGUAUCAGUCAAUAUACAAUAAUCUCGCUUCACUCUUUUAUUCGCGAAUUAACAUCUCAAGAUCUUUUGGAAUUAGGAUUUCCGCUGGGACUUGUUGAGCCUGAGGAAAGCGAUGUGACUAAUGAUGCAUCACCUUAAGAUUACUAACUUCUGUUGUUAAUUUUGAUGGGCUAGUUUUUGUUGAUGUCUUAGGAGCUUGUUUGUGAAUUGUGCCAUAAUCUAUUGUAAUUCAUUGCAAAGUUUGGAUUAUGGCAGUUAUUUUUCAUCGCAUUUAUUGUCAUUAUUAUUUAUAACAUUUUUUAACUGGAUUCUAUCAUUAAGUUUCGUUAAUCAUUCAAAUAAAAAGAUACACUGUAAGUUUACGCUAUAAAAAUGUGUCAGAACUCCUAACAAUAGUUUAUUUAUUAUAACUUUUUCUAAUAAUUGUUUACAUAUAUUUAAGGAUUCUGUUUUACAGAUUAAUUGAAUUGUGAAAUUGUUGCGUACAAAGUGCCUAUAGUCCGUUAAUGAGUAAAAUGUGUUUUUUUUGCAGAUGGCAAACAAUGCACUUCUUAGCAAUUCAUACGUGAAAUUCCAUACAAUUACAGAAAUAUAUGCUAAAUAAAAAGAUUUAAUAUACACUACCGGUCAAAAAUUUAACUUCACUUGCUUUAUUUUUGAAUUCUACACAAUUAAGUCGGGUACUCAGUGAAUUUUGUCAAGCACGUGCGUUUUACCUAUAACAAGUCGAUACACGCUACUGGUCAGAGUGUAGAAGGGAGUUUGCCGUGUUUGGGAGACGCGUAGAUCGAGCACAAUCUUGUUAUGACAGGUUGCAUUCUCUCGAUGUGUCUAUUGAAUAUUACGCGUAAGAGAAUAUUAGAAGCCAGUGUAAAAUAUGGGGGUGGUGGAGUUUUAGUAUGGGGCUGCAUGUCUGCAGCUGGUCCUGGAAAUUUGAAAAUAAUCGACAAUAUAAUGGAUAAAAUGGUUUAUUUGAAUAUUCUGAAAGAAAAUGUGAAAGACAGUGCAGAAAAACUUGGCCUUGGUGACAAUUUUUACUUUCAACUUGACAACGAUCCUAAACAUACAGCCUAUUUAGUACGACAAUGAAUAAUCUAUAACAUCCCUCAUAUUCUACAGACUCCCCCACAUUCUCCUGAUCUCAAUCGACUUGAAAAUUUAUGGGCAGAACUUAAAAAUAAUUUAAGAAAACACGAUAUUAGCAGCAAGACCCAGUUAAAAGAAUUAUUGCAACAGGAAUGGAAAAAUAUUAGCCCUGAGUUCACUCGAAAAUUAGUAGAAUCCAUACCUCGAAGACUCAAAGCCGUAAUUAAUUCCAAAGGAUGGCCAACCAAAUAUUGAUACUGUGUAUCAAUAAUCGAAAUGUCAGCUGCACGCAGACUUUUUCAAGGGGAUGUUCGAACCUUUUGUACUUUUUUGUUUCUAUCUUCCUUAAUUGAAAAGAAAUAUGUGCUGUGUUGUGUUCCUUGUUUAGUGGACACAAUGGCGUUUAUUUACGUCUAACAGGUAUUUACUAUUUUUAUUUCUUUAGUAAUACAUAAAUGAUUAUUUCAAAUGUUACGUACUGCACGCAGACUUUUGCAAGAUCUUGUAUUUUAUGUGUCAAUCGUAGAGAAAUGGGUCGAAAAGCAGAGCUGAGUGUAGAGACAUGAGCAGUCAUUGUGGCAUUACACGAAGAAGAGGUUAUUCAACGCGAAAAAUUGCUUCUAAAUGUGAUGUUUCUCAAACUACAGUCAUGGGAGCGUUACAAAGAAAGCGAGGUGAACCUAAACUUUUGACCGGUAGUGUAAUCCAGUACAAAACCGUAUACAUGCAUACUUUGUAAUAAAAACUGUAUGCAACAUUUUAUCAUAGAAAUUUCAUUGUUUUGUAUGUCACAAACACACAUUUCACUCAUUGAUCACUUAUAGUAGUGAGUACCGUAUAAAUCAGAAAAAAUUUUAUGUACCAAUUUAAGAAGUAAAUAAAAUUGAAAAUUA